AAAAGACCAAACCGUUCUAUCUCCAACCUUACAUAUUAAUCUUGACUACACUCAUCUACACCAUGGCAAAAUUAAGUGAAGUUGAAAACUCACUUGUGCCAAAAUACUUGCAAGAAUGCAAGGAGUUGAUAUCCACAUUGCCAUUAGAAAAAGGAUGGAUUACGUCCUACUUCCAUCAAUACCAUAUGAUUCAUUGCCAAAUUCUGCGAAAGAGUCAACUUGCAAGGUGGUGUAUCUUUGUAGAGAUCCAAAAGACACUUUUGUUUCGCACUGGCAUUUCACAAACAAGCUAAGAGCACAAAGUAGAGGACCACUUCCAUUACAAGAAGCUUUCGAGAGUUUUUGUAGAGGCGCGAGUUCUUUUGGACCGUUUUGGGAGCAUGUAUUGGGAUAUUGGAAGGAAAGCUUGGAAAGGCCGGAGAAGGUGAUGUUUUUGAAAUAUGAAGAAAUGAAAAUGAAUCCUAGUUUUUAUUUGAAAGAGAUUGCUAAUUUUUUGGGUUGUCCAUUCUCCAAAGAAGAAGAAUCCAAAGGUAUGGUUGAUGAUAUAUUAAAUCUAUGUAGUUUUGAGAAACUGAGCAACUUGGAGGUCAAUAAGACAGGAAAACUUUCUUUUGAUAUGGAAAACAAAUACUUUUUCCGGCUAGGCCGAGUUGGAGAUUGCAAAAAUGUUCUCACAACUGAAAUGAUUGAGCAGUUGAACACUAUCACUGAAAGUAAAUUGGCUACACAUGGGUUGAGAUUUUAGAUUGAGUGUAUGUCUCAUUUCCGCAUUGAAUUUGAAAUAAUUUAUAUUUGAAUACAUUCGUGUAAAAUU